AUGAUUCUUCCUUCCAGCUUCAAGUCACUCGCGCGACAGCUGCUGGCUGGGCUUUUUGCAUUGGAGCGGCGAAAUCGCCUCGUGCGACUUCUGCCCCGGGCCUCGUUGCUUUGCCGCGCUCAGCUGUGUGCCUGGAAGAUGUGGCCAGCGCUUUACUCAGCGCCGCCGCGGCACGGAGUCUGCUUCGCAACCAAACUGGCGGUGCGCGCGGUGCGCGCUGCCUCUGGGCGGAUCCUCCAGGCGCUGUCCCACCAGUCGCAGAGCAGAGGCAUGGGGCUGGGCGGGCAAUAUUGGCGCGACCUUCACUUGUCUUAUUUGCCUGCGUGCCGCAGUCCGCUGUAA